AUGUUUUGGAAGCUCACUGCUCUCUCUGCCUCCUCGCCUGUGGAGUCGGUGCUAGACAAGGACAAUUUUACACUGGAUGAGCUUCUGGAUGAAGAAGAAAUUAUCCAAGAAUGCAAAGCUUUAAACACUCGUCUCAUUAAUUUUUUAAGGGAUAGAGCCCAGGUGGAGCAAUUAUUGCGUUAUAUUGUUGAAGAACCUCCUGAGGAUGCUGAAAGCAAACGAGCCUUCAAGUUCCCUUUCAUUGCUUGUGAGGUUUUUACAUGUGAAAUUGAUGUUAUUUUGAAGACUUUGGUGGAUGAAGAGGAGCUAAUGAACUUACUUUUCUCCUUCUUGGAACCAAAUCGUCCUCAUAGUGCCCUGCUUGCUGGGUAUUUUAGCAAGGUGGUUGUAUGCCUUAUGAUACGAAAGACAGUCCCACUUAUGAAUUAUGUUCAAGCCCAUCAGGAUGUUUUCCGCCAGUUAGUUGAUUUGAUAGGAAUUACAUCCAUCAUGGAGGUUUUGGUUCGACUUGUUGGUGCGGAUGACCACGUGUAUCCCAAUUUUAUAGAUGUGAUGCAAUGGUUAGCUGAAAGUAAUCUGCUAGAAAUGAUCGUAGAUAAAUUGAGCCCUUCUAAUUCUCCUGAAGUUCAUGCUAAUGCAGCUGAGACACUUUCUGCUAUAACUCGAAAUGCCCCAUCAGCCCUAGCCAACAAACUUUCUAGUCCAAGUUUCGUUGCAAGGAUAUUUGGUCAUGCACUGGAAGAUUCACAUUCGAAGUCUAGUCUUGUAAACUCGCUUUCUGUUUGUAUCUCUUUGUUGGAUCCGAAAAGAUCAGCAGUUUCUUCUCCCUUGUUCCAUUCUUUUCGGAGUCAACACAUGUACGAGUCUCCAAUCCCUGUUAAUCCAGACACUGUCAGUGCAAUGCUGCCAAAACUCGGUGACUUGCUUAUGCUUUUGAAUGUGUCAACGGAUGAGAAAACACUGCCAACAACAUACGGAGAGUUGAGGCCUCCACUUGGAAAGUAUCGUUUAAAGAUUGUGGAGUUCAUUGCUGUUCUAUUGAGAUCGGGUAAUGAAGAUGCAGAAAAGGAAUUGGUUAGCUCGGGAACCAUCCAACGGAUCAUUGAUCUUUUCUUUGAGUACCCCUACAAUAACUCAUUGCACCAUCAUGUAGAUAGUAUCAUAUCGUCAUGUUUGGAAAGCAAGAGUGAUGCUAUUGUUGAUCAUCUCCUUCGAGAGUGUGAUUUGAUUGGGAAGUUUCUCCAAACAGAUAAACAUCCUCUUCUAACUAGUGAUACUAGCAAGCCAACGGUACCUGCUGCUGGUAAAUCGGCACCACGGGCAGGAAACCUGGGACACAUUACACGAAUUUCUAAUAAGCUCAUUCAGUUGGGAAACAGCCAAAGCCGUGUUAAGGCAUGCCUUCAGGAACAUAGCGAAUGGAAUGAGUGGCAGACUACAGUUUUGCAGGAGCGCAACGCAGUUGAAAAUGUUUAUCGAUGGGCUUGUGGCCGCCCAACUGCUUUGCAAGACAGGACGAGGGAUAGUGAUGACGACGACAUGAAUGACAGAGAUUAUGAUGUAGCAGCUUUAGCAAAUAAUCUAAGCCAGGCUUUUAGAUACAAAAUAUAUGGGAAUGAGGACGCAGGAGAGGACCAUGGAACUCUAGAUCGAGAUGACGAGGAUGUCUACUUUGACGAUGAAUCUGCUGAAGUAGUCAUAUCAUCCUUGCGGCUUGGUGAUGACCAGGGAAGCAGUUUAUUUACAAAUUCCAACUGGUUUGCAUUCCAAGAUGAUAGAAUGGGUAAUGCACCAGUGGGCACAUCAGAGAUGGAGGAAGUAAACUUGAAUGGGACUGCGAAUGGUGGUAAUAGCAGUAGUGAUGAUGAGGUUGUGGUAGGGGAGGAUGAUGAAUUGGCCGGAAGUAAAGACUCUGUCGAUGGCACAUCCACUUCCAACAAAAACCUUAUGAAUGGAUUUAAUGGGAACAGUGGAAACAUGAUCCCAGAUGGUGAGAACGCAAGUGCCUCCCAUGAUAUGGGUGGAUUCUUCAGAUUUGAGGCAACUGACAAUGAGGAUUUGUUUGGAGACAGGCCUUUGCCCGAAUGGGUGGGAUGGAGUGAAUCAUCAGAUUUGCAAGUCGGUGGUGCAAGUAUAAAUCCAUUUGAGGAUCAUGAUGACUCAGAUGUCAAUCCUUCCAGUCAUGCCGAGGUAGUGGCACCUGAUGCUAGUUUGCCUUCAAGUGGAGAAUUUGCUCUUUCAAAUGGCUCUCCCUCCUCCACUGCUUCUACUGCAGGAUCGCCGGGUAGUGAUGGGAGCCAACGAUCAGCUGCAGUGCCAUCAUUGUUUGAAGAGGAUGUUGAAUUCGUUGGCGUCGAACUUGAAGGUACUGAGAAGGCUAUGGAGCAGGCUCUUAAAGAGGGAAUAGUAGGGGAGGCAGGGCCGUUGAAGAAAAACGUUGUGCCAAAGGUGCCAGAAAAGGACAACUCUGACGAUGGUGGGCCUGCAAAUAAGGAGUUCAAUGAUGCAAAUUAUUGGAGGGUUGAUCAGGAGGUUGCUGUUUUGGAGUGA